AUGAGGUUAAAUCACGUAUUAAUGGUGCUCACUUCGGUGGCGUUCGCUUGUGCCACGGGAAACUUACGUUGUUCUGAAGAACAGUUUAAUGGUUUGGGAGGGUCGUUGCCUAGUCCAAGGUCUCCCUCAGAGUAUUCGAGAUGUGUUCAAGGUGCAGUGCAUACAGUUCCCUGCCCGAACGGCCAGUACUUCGAUGCGCACAUGAAAAAGUGUUUGUUUGAACCAGCUGCGCGAGAAGUCCGCUCGGAAACAACCUUCCAGUUUGAGGAGCUGUGCAAUAACCCGAAUGCUGUGGAAAUUUUCCCCAAUCCAACAAACUGUUCCCAAUACAUCAUCUGCUACGGGUUGGUACCGAUCGAACAAAGCUGUGCCAAUGGGUUGCUUUUCAAUCCGCAGCUCAACACAUGUGAUAUUCCGACCAAUGUGGUUUGUGGAUACAACUGUCCGGCGAUAGAUGAUCCCUCUAACCCCGUAUGGCUACCGGAUUCCAGAUUGGAGGACUGUUCGAGGCACUAUCUUUGUUUUCAGGGAAAUCCACUCCAGUUCUACUGCUACAACAAUCUCUACUUCGAUAUUGUAUCACGAACCUGCACAUAUCCACAGUAUUCGGCAUGUAGCGUACCCGGUGUGUACUGCAACGCAAAUAUGACUAUGAACGUGGCAAAUCCCAGAAGCUGCACAUCGUACUACGUGUGUGAGGAUGGAUUUCCUCAUUUUAGGAACUGUGACUUCGAAGAGUACUUCUCUGAGGCGCUAGGUAUGUGCAUUCCUGGUACAUGUGAACCGGGUACCACCACAACUUCUGGAACUACAACCUUCGAGCCUAGUUCAACAACCGCUUCGUCCGAGACAACUACACCACUCACAUCUACUACGGAUUUAAAUACACCAACCGGUGAAUUAACAUCUACUACUCCUUCACUCACAACAACGGAACUAACGCCAACGACCGAUAGUACGACUGUUGAUUUAACAACCACUAGCACACCGCUUUCUACCCAAGAUCUUUCAACGACAACAACCUCAUUUGAAACCACAACUACUAUCGAAUCUACGACCUUAACAUCGGAACCAGAAUCAACCACCUUGGAUUCUAGUACACCUGAGCCUACAACGAGUGGAGAGCUAUCAACGACUGAAGUUCUGAGUACUACUACAGCAUCUCCAUCCACACCGGAAACAACGUCCGAAUUUAUUACGGACUCCACUAGCAGCGAGCCGAGUACCGCGUCUUCUACUCAGGAAAUUUCAACGACUACAACGGAGGCAUCUACUUCUGAGUUGACUGAGACAACCACUGUCGAGUUGACAACAACGUCCACCGAUUCCACAACCACAAUGCCGGAAACGACAACCACGACUGAGAUGGUUACCAUCGAUCCGAACGAAGUUUGUGCAGGUCUUGGUAUUGUUAUUCUACCCUACCCGGGCAGCUGCAUCCUGUACAUCCUCUGCCUCAACGGAAUCGGCGGUGUGUCAACGUGCGCAGCAGGGCAAAUAUUCAACCCCGACACAACCACCUGUGUGCCUGGCAAUCAAGAAACUUGCACUUUCACCUAA